AUGCAGACGUAUCUUGUUGGAGUAGCAGGCGGAAGUGCGAGCGGCAAGACAUCCAUUGCCAAAGAAAUUUUGCACCAACUGCCACACGUGCCUUGGGUGGCCAUCGUGAGCCAGGACGCAUUCUACCGGCCUCUAACCCUCGAACAGACGGAGCUUGCUUACAAGGGGCAAUUUGACUUUGACCACCCCAGCGCGAUCGACCAGGAGCUGCUGGUCCACUGCAUCUCUGAGCUCAAAAGGUCGCGCGCAGCGAACAUUCCCGUGUACAGCUUCACGCACCAUCAGCGCACCACAGAGUCCACGUAUCUGUAUGGACAGGCAGUAAUCGUGCUCGAGGGCAUCUUCGCGCUUCAUGACCCCGCAUUGCGCGCAAUGCUCGAUCUGAAAAUUUUUGUGCAAACCGAUCCCGACAUCAUGCUUGCACGACGAAUUCGCCGCGAUAUUGUGGACAGGGGCCGGUCUGUGGAAGGCGUGUUGGACCAGUAUCUUCGUUUUGUCAAGCCAUCCUUUGACACGUUUGUCGGCCCUUUGGCGCGGUAUGCGGACAUCAUUGUUCCAGGUUCCAACAAUGGCGUCGCGAUCGAAGUCAUCAGCCAGCAUAUUGCCAAGCAUCUCAAGUUCACGCCGAAAUUUCCAAUGAGCGCACAAUUAUCGACAGACAUUGCCUGGGAAGCGAGCAGAUACCCCACGCACCGCGUCUUGAUAGGCACGACAGAAAGUGGUGCCCCUGCGCAUCUCGUCGAGCGAGAGUCGCCGCCACUGCCUCCGCCGCCAAUCCAGCUUAAACACGUUGAGCAGACGCUUCCGCUUCCCCCAAAUGUGUCUGUGCUUCCACAAACUGCCCAACUGGCGGGCCUGUUGACCACGAUGCACGAUCUCAACACGCACUCGGGUGUGUUUUCAAGCGCAUGCAAGCGCGUGGGAAGCAUGGUGGUAGAGGCGGCGAUGUGCAGGCUUCCAUACCGCACGCGCACGGUACAGCUUUCCACAGGCGGCGAGUAUGACGGGCUGGAACUGGACGUGCAGCACAUUUGCGCAGUGUCUGUCCUGCGCUCGGGCGAGAUCCUAGAGAAGCCACUCCGUCGCGCAUUGCCCGCAUUGGCGCUAGGAUCCUUGCUCAUCCAAAGCUCGGAUAGCAACUACCGCCCGUUACUCUAUACUGUCUCGCUGCCUGAAUUUCUGCGCGUACGCAGCAGUGCGGAGAAUUCCUACGUGCUACUGACAGAAGCACAGAUUGGCACUGGCGCUUCCGUAUUCAUGGCCGUGCGUGUUCUGCUCGAUCACGGUGUACCUGAAGAUCACAUCAUCAUUCUUUCUCUGCUCGUCUCUGCAAAAGGCGGCGUAUGGGCGCUGCAGUACGCAUUUCCAAAGGUGACGAUUGUCACUGCCGGCAUCGAUCCGGGACUGCAGCGAUUCGUGUGGCCCGCAACGCAGAACGAACAGCCCCUGCAAGGCGACGCAGUCACCGACGCGGCCAAAGACCGCGUCGUAUUUGCCAUCACCCCAGGCUGCGGUCAAAUGGGCGACAGAUUCUGGGGCACAUAG